CAAAACCCAUAAUGGAGAUUGAAACAAAGCCAAUUUGGAAGGGAACCAUCAAACCAUCUUCUCCAACCCCAAAAUCACUCCAAAAAUACCAACUCUCAUUUCUCGAUCAACGUGCAUUCACAACAUUCAUUCCCUUCGUCUACUUUUACACAUCAAAUCCAAAAUUCUCCGAUUCCUUAAAAUCAAAGCAGCUGAAAAAAUCCCUAUCGGAGGUCCUCUCCAUAUACUACCCCCUUGCCGGCCGCAUCGUCGCGAACCUCUACGUCGACUGCAACGACGCCGGCGUGCCCUUUUCCGAAGCCCAAGCAGACUGCGACGUCUCGCAAUUCAUCACCAAUCCAAACCCUAAAAAUUUGGAAAAAUUUCUACCUCGCGGUGACUUCAAAGAUCAUUGCCUGGCAGUCCACGUCACCUAUUUCCGCUGCGGCGGCCUCGCCGUUGGGAUGCUCCUCUCGCACAAGGUCGCCGACGGAUUAUCUCUCCACUUGUUCGUCAGCAACUGGUCCAACGUCGCCAGAAACGGUGGCAGCGGUAACGUACCGCUCCCGAAAUUCGACGCGGCCUAUGCUCCGCCGCUUGACAGCAUCAGUCUCCGGCCCGCGCCGACAGGAUUCGUUGAGGAAGAGGUCGCCAGAAAAAUCCUCACGUUCCCAGCAGCGGAGAUCGCCGCCAUCCAGGAAAGGUACACUGAUGGGGGGCAUCGUCCGAGCCGGGUGGAGGCUCUGCGGGCUUUUAUAUGGGCCCGGUACUCGAGCAUAAGAUCCGACCCAAGUAAGAUGUGCAUUGUGUAUAAUUCGAUUAACCUACGGAGCCGGGGUGACCCGCCGCUGUCCAGAUACCACUUCGGUAACGUUGUUUUUGUUUCCGGGGUGGUGGCGGCAGCCGGGGAUGGAGUGGCGAAGCUUAUGUGGAAUGUGCGGGAGGCCUCGAAGGCGCUGGACGCCGGCUAUGUUGGUGGGCUGAAAAAGAGGGAAACGCAGUUGGAAGAGAUAAGAGAUCAGGUUGAAGCUAGUAAAGUGGAGGAGAGAUUUCUGUUUUCGAAUGUGUGCGGGUUUCCUUUGUACGAAGCGGAUUUCGGGUGGGGAGAACCCGACCGGGUCAGGUUUGUCGGGCUGCCCUACAAGAAUAUGGCAUUUUUUAUGGAUACAAAGAGUGGGGAUGGAAUAGAGGUAUUGCUCCAGUUGAGUGAACAAGAUAUGGAAAAAUUCCUAGCUCAUUCAAUGUUAAAGAGUAAUUUGUAAUCAUGGAAAAACAAAUUGAUUCACUACGAUAAAAUAUGAUUCUCAUUGUUAAAAGCAACUCCAAUAUAAUUAAAGGUCCCUGUAUCUCCUUAUUUGGAGUAAUUUUUA